UUUAUUUUUUUUAGAAAUUUCAAAAUAUUCUGUGUGAACUAUAUGAAGUUGGAGAAGUUGCACUGUAAAAACCUUAUGCAUUAUAAAAUAGAUAGUGUUAGGGAAUUGUGUACAGUGACUGAAGGGGAUAAAAUAGCAUUGCGGAGUUGAGGGUCUUAUUAUAAGAAUAACUUUGGAGAAACACCCUCUGCUGUUUGUCAUAGGAAAUUGUCAGGGAGUCAAUUGAAAGAAGGAAACACGUGGGCACAGCAUUAGAUAAAUAUCAACACACGUUUUAUUUGUCAUUUGUAUUUACAGCUGCGAGGGAUGUGUGCGCCUUACUUGCUCUUUUUAGUCUGGACAGAGGAUGAGGAAAAGAUACGGGAGAGCUGGCCGAAGCAGGAGGAGGAAACAAAACCAGAUUCUGGCCUCUGUACAUGGAGUUAACCUGAGCCAAGAGCUGGGAUAUGUACAGCUGAGAAGAUGGCUGAAACAAAGGGGCUUCUGGGAUCUUUACCUACUGCCGGCUCAUUUUUCAGAUACAGGAAGAGGCCUUAUGACCACAAAGUCACUUAAGACUGGCGACCUGAUUAUUUCUUUGCCUGGUAAAUGUCUUCUGACCACAUCGACAGUGCUGGGAAGUUAUAUGGGUGAAUACAUUAAAAGAUGGAAGCCUCAAGUAUCCCCUUUGCUGGCCCUCUGUGCAUUCCUGAUAUCGGAAAGGCAUUUUGGGAAUAAGUCUCUUUGGAAACCCUACAUAGAUGUCCUUCCAAAGACAUACACAUGCCCUGUCUACUUUCCUGAAGGUAUUCUAAACCUGUUCCCUGGGCCUCUUUGCAGGAAUGCCCAGGAGCAGAGGUCCACCAUUCAGGAGCUUUACAUUUCCUCACAGCCAUUUUUUUUGUCACUUCAACACUUGUUUGAGGAAAGAGUGAAGGAUAUAUUUACCCAUGAUGCACUGCGGUGGGCUUGGUGCAGCAUUAAUACCCGUACUGUGUAUAUGAAACACCCUCAGAGUGAGUUCCUUUCACGUGAACCAGAUGUUUAUGCCUUGGCUCCAUACUUAGACCUGCUGAAUCACAGUCCUGGAGUGGAGGUGACGGCUGCUUUUAAUGAGACAAGCCAGUGCUAUGAGAUCAGAACAGGCAGAAACUGCAGGAGAUAUGAGCAGGUGUUUAUCUGCUAUGGACCACAUGAUAACCAGAGACUGCUUCUGGAGUACGGGUUCAUCGCUGGAGGCAACCCCCAUAGUGUUGUUUACAUCGACCAAGAUGCCCUACAGUCCUGUCUUUUAAAAGAAGACAAGCAAACUGCUCAAAAACUUUCUUUCCUACUGGAGAACAACUUUUUAGAAAAUCUGACUUUUGGAUUGGACGGACCUUCGUGGAGGUUACUAACUACACUUAAAGUACUGUGCCUUGGACCAAACGAGUUUUCCUGCUGGAAGAAGGUGCUCCUUGGGGCUUCAGUCUCGCGUGAAAACGACAAGAUGAGCCUGAGCCUGGCUGAGCGUUUGUGCUGUUAUUUAAUGGAUGACAAUAACAAGGCCAUGCAAAAGAUUUCCCAUAGAAAGUGUAACAAACUAGAUGAACUCAAAGAUCACCUGGACUUAGUGGAAUCGCUGAGGAGAGAGGAACUCCGAAUCUUGGAAUCUUCCCUAGAAACAUUGAAGAACUUAAGAUCUGCCAUUAGCUGAAACAGAAUGAGAAAAAUGGACUUCCCAUUAAUGCCACCUGUCCCAAAAUGGAUAAAGAGCAGUCUUCAAAAAAAAUAAGAAGUGCAACUGCAAGCCAGACUGACGUCCUACUUCUGCAAGUAGAGUUCCAUUUAUGGCUCUUUAGUAAAGCACAGGUGAGCAUAGCUUCACCUCUUCCAGGUUGGUUAGCAACACUGUCAUAUGAGGUUUUUGCUGACAUUUAACCCUUUGUAGUCCAUUUAUUCAGCGCUUGUCAGACGCGUCAGGUCCAAUUUAUUUUCA